AUGGUGGUCAAGUACGUCCUAAAACUUCAGCAACUCUUCUUAAAAGUUGGUGGUACCAUUGUCAAGGACUCCAAGAAACAAGACUGGGAGAACGGUCCUCUUGUGCACCUGGAUGUUGGCCAAAAGAGCUUCGACAACGAGAACGACGCGAACAGUCUGUACUACAUGCCCGCCCAGAAACAGAGCACUCUUGAUGAACACGUGUCAUACUUGUUGCUAGUCGCCUUGAAUGAGGACAGGAAUGAAUUCAGGAGGAUUGGUGUGGCGGUGACGGCUGAGGUUGAAGAGAUCGAGAUCCUGAACAGGUCAACACAGGACAAGCCGCAAGGACAGGGGGCGCACCCGGAUAGUAACAGUGAUAAACGAUUCAACAAUGACACAAUCGAUUUGGGGUCCUCGGAUGGUACGGUACCUGAGCGCAACUCGAAUAAAUACCAAUUCGAGCAAAGACUGCAUGCCCUGAGAGCUCAAAACCAAGAUCUUCGUGACCGAUUCAGAGCAAGCAAGGAAAGAACCAAGAAAAAAGAACAUGUUCUGGAACUGAAGCUGCAAGAGAAGAAGUUGCUUCUAGAGUCCAUCAAGAGAUCUUGUAUCAAGAAGCGGAACUCUACAUCUACGCAGGCCAUCCGGCAAGACUUUGCAGAUGGCAUCAGAGCUCGAGCCUACCAGAAACUCAACGGCAUGAUGCAGAAUGAGGAUUUUAACACUAGUGGAUACAGAGACCUCGACGAUACAGGCAUACCCGACCUGCAGGCGUACGCACAGAAAAUGACGGUAUCCAACAGAAACGCGACAUGCCGACAGAUUCUGACCAAACUCUGGGUCCUGCUCACAUCCAUAUCAUGCUGGGUAACAGGCCAUGACCUUGUCCGAGCAGGCUUAGACGUCAAGUCAAUCGAGAAGCAUCUUCAAGAAGAAGCCAAGAAGCUUCAAAUGAGCAAUAUCUAUAACAAGUUCGACGCUCUUGUUGCCCACGCAGCAACCGAUGCAACCCGCCGUGCCGCGAGUUGGUUUCCAGACCAAAAAGCACGCGGUUAUAAGCCUGGAACAUUCAAAGCCAUCUGCAGAAAGAAGGGACUUCAUACUAUUCGUGGUCGCCCGGCCAUCGACCUGCACCAAGAGCUUGUCAAGCCCAUUCAUUCCGGCAUUCAACAAGAUUGGUAUGCUGCAUUCCACCUUCACAUACCGUUCAUCCUCCAGGAUUUCAUUGGCCAAUUUGUGCAACACCAGCAAGAUUUUCACCAAGCAGUUGCGAAGAAGUACGAAACUAACAGCAACAUGGCAAUGGCUCUGAACGCUCUCAACAACCCCAAUGGGGCAGUAAGACAGAAUAUUGUGGGACUCUUGAUGUAUAUCAACAAGGCUAUCGACUCUCGGAAGAGCAACGCCUCUCAAGCAGCCACUCCCCCGAUUGCAGAGGCCAUGGAAACUGUAUAUGAGCAAUGCCACGGAAGCAAAGCUAAGAUGCAGAGGCUGGUCAAAGCACACAUCGAAGAAAUCAAGAGAACGGUCUUUCGAAAGUCUGUCGAUGCGAUGCAGGAGCAUCUUCAGAACAUGGAUAGAUACGUCGCGAAGGAGCUGGAGACCGCGAUGAAUAAGACCCACGACAAUGUUUACCGGACUUACUCGAACGCUUUGCUUCACAGCAACAAGAAGGUCAAUUUGUCUCCUGAAGAGGUGAAGCUCAAGAACCGGCUCUCCGUCAUUCUCAAGAGCGUAGAAUCUCGGUUCAAGGCCGAAGAGUGA